AUGAGCUAUAUGAAGAAAGACGAAGAUGCGGACCAGGUCAUGAUCAAGCUUGAUCGGACCUCCGUAUUCCAAGAUGCUCGACUGUUCAACUCCUCUCCGAUUUCGCCGCGAACAUGUCGUACGUUAUUGACCAAGAUUGCGGUCCUCCUCUUCACCGGGGAGCAGUUCCCCACGAACGAAGCCACGACCCUCUUUUUCGGUAUCUCCAAGCUGUUCCAGAACAAGGAUCCCUCAUUGCGACAGAUGGUUUACCUUAUUUUGAAGGAGCUGUCCGGUACCGCGGAGGACGUGAUCAUGUCGACCAGUAUCAUUAUGAAGGACACCGCGGUCGGCAGCGACGUUCUGUACCGGGCCAACGCCAUCAGGGCGCUGUGCCGCAUUAUUGAUGGAUCGACUGUUCAGGGUAUCGAGCGGCUCAUCAAGACCGCGAUUGUUGACAAGACUCCCUCCGUUUCCUCGGCCGCUUUGGUUUCGUCCUACCACCUUCUCCCCAUUGCCCGCGAUGUUGUUCGCAGAUGGCAGAGUGAGACGCAGGAGGCCGCUUCCUCCUCCAAGUCAUCGACCGGUUUCCUGGGCUUCUCAUCUGGCUCACAGGCCCACGCUAUCUCGCAGUCGAACUUCAUGACCCAAUACCAUGCAAUUGGUCUUUUGUACCAGAUGCGCUCGCACGACCGCAUGGCGCUUGUGAAGAUGGUGCAGCAGUACGGCGCUGCCGGUGUCGUGAAGAGCCCUGCGGCUCUGGUUCUCCUGGUCCGUCUUGCGGCCAAGCUGGCAGAGGAAGACCAAGGUCUCCGGAAACCAAUGAUGCAGAUGUUGGAUGGCUGGCUCCGUCACAAGCACGAAAUGGUUAACUUUGAGGCUGCAAAGGCCAUUUGCGACAUGCGCGAUGUCUCCGAUGCUGAGGCGUCACAGGCCGUUCACGUCCUCCAGCUGUUCCUGUCCUCUCCACGAUCCAUCACCAAGUUUGCCGCCAUUCGCAUCCUGCAUAACUUCGCUAGCUUCAAGCCGCACGUUGUCAAUGUGUGCAAUCCUGACAUCGAGGCGCUUAUCUCCAACUCCAACCGCUCUAUCGCCACCUUCGCCAUUACGACCCUUCUCAAGACUGGCAACGAGGCUAGCGUUGAUCGUUUGAUGAAGCAGAUCUCUGGAUUUAUGGCCGAUAUCACCGAUGAGUUCAAGAUAACCAUUGUCGAGGCCAUCCGCACAUUGUGUCUUAAGUUUCCCAGCAAGCAGGCUGGUAUGCUGGUCUUCUUGAGUGGCAUUCUGCGCGACGAGGGGGGGUUACGACUUCAAGCGCACCGUGGUGGAGAGCAUUUCGUUCCCGAGAGCAAGGAGGAUGCUCUUGCCCAUCUCUGUGAGUUCAUCGAGGACUGCGAAUUCACGAAGCUUUCCGUCCGUAUCUUGCACCUGCUUGGCGUCGAAGGUCCCAAGACGUCUCACCCCACCAAGUAUAUCCGCUACAUCUACAACCGUGUCGUGUUGGAGAACGCCAUAGUCCGCGCUGCCGCUGUCACCGCUCUCGCCAAAUUCGGCGUUGGCCAAAAGGAUCCCGAAGUCAAGUCCAGUGUGCACGUUCUUCUUACCCGCUGCCUCGAUGACAUUGACGAUGAAGUGCGCGACCGUGCUGCCCUGAACUUGCGCCUGAUGAGCGCCGAGGAUGACAUGGCUCGGGCGUUCAUCAAGAAUGACUCGAUGUACUCUCUUUCCACCUUUGAACACCAGCUUGUGAUGUACGUGACAUCGGGUGACAAGAAGACUUUUGCCGCUGCCUUCGAUGUCUCUUCCGUCCCCGUUGUCACCCAAGAGCAGGCGUUGGCUGAGGAACGGACUAAGAAGCUCACCACUGCUACCCCGACUCUGAAGGCGCCGUCCACUGGUGCCCCAAAGAGCAAGGGAAGUGGUGUGGCCGAGGCCGCUACCGCUGCUGCUACUCAGAAAUACGCCGAGCAGCUCAUACAGAUCCCUGACAUCAAGGAGUACGGCAACUUGCUCAAGUCCUCCUUGCCUGUCGAGCUCACUGAGAGCGAGACUGAGUACGUUGUUACCGCCGUUAAGCAUGUCUUCAAGGAGCACAUCGUCGUGCAAUAUGACAUUAAGAACACCCUGCCCGAUACUGUCCUAGAGAACGUGACUGUUGUUGCCACACCAUCAGAGGACGAGGUCUUGGAGGAUGACUUCAUCAUUCCUGCCCCCAAGCUAACUCCUAAUGAGCCCGGUGUUGUGUAUGUGGCAUUCAAGAAGGUUGAUGGUGAACACAGCGUUCCCAUCACCUCUUUCACCAACAUCCUGAAGUUUACCAGCAAGGAGGUUGACCCCACCACUGGCGAGCCGGAGGACACUGGUUACGAUGAUGAAUACCAGGUGGAGGAUCUCGAGCUCACUGGUAGCGACUAUGUGAUCCCCACGUUCGCAGGCAGCUUCGACCACAUCUGGGAGCAGACCGGUGCUAACGGCGAGGAGGAGAGCGAGACUCUGCAACUAAGCAACGUGAAGGGCAUUACGGAUGCCACUGAACAAUUGAUUUCCGCCUUGUCCUUGCAACCCCUGGAGGGCACCGACGUCGCCCUCAACAACAGCACACACACGCUCAAGCUCUUCGGCAAGACCGUAUCCGGCGGCCGGGUAGCGGCCCUCAUCAAGAUGGCUUUUUCCACCAAGAGCGGCGUCACGACCAAGAUUACCGUGCGGGCAGAAGAGGAAGGCGUUGCGGCUGCCGUGCUGGCAUCUGUCACUUAA